AUGCAAAGUCGACUUUCAUCAUCUCGACAGUCUCAGCUUGAUGACUCCGACGAUGAGGGCAUGUGGUCUCCUCUUCAGCUUGCAGCUGCGCAAGGCGAUCUACUCGAAGUACAACGGCUCUUAUCCCAAUCAAUGAACCCAAAUGAGCCCCCUAAGGGCUACUAUGGACAGACAGCUCUUCAAGCCGCCUCUCAUAAUGGGCAUCUCGCCGUGGCCGCCGCAGAGGGAGGCCAGAUCGAGCUACUACGAAGGCUGCUCGAACAAGGCGCAGAGGUUAACACCCCCUCCGCGAAGAAUCGCGGCCGCACUGCACUUCAAGCUGCUGCAUUAGGAGGUCACGCUGAGAUCGUGGAUAUUCUCCUGAGACCAUAA